GCUGCUAUGUCCAUUCCUCCAUCAUACCUACUUUCCACCGGAGGUGCUACUGGCUCCUUCAGAACCCCGACAUCGUCCUGGUGCACUACCUGAAUGUGCCGGCCAUCGAGGACUGCGGCAAGCCCUGUGGGCCCAUCCUCUGCUCCAUCAACACCGACAAGAAGGAGUGGGCCAAGUGGACGAAGGAGGAACUCAUCGGGCAGCUGAAGCCCAUGUUCCAUGGUAUCAAAUGGACCUGCAGUAAUGGGAAUAGCAGCUCAGGCUUCUCGGUGGAGCAGCUGGUACAACAGAUCCUCGACAGCCACCAGACCAAGCCCCAGCCACGGACCCACAACUGCCUCUGCACCGGCAGCCUGGGAGCAGGCAGCAGCGUGCAUCAUAAGUGUAACAGUGCCAAACACCGCAUCAUCUCACCAAAGGUGGAGCCGAGGGCCGGGGGCUACGGGGGCCACUCGGAAGUACAACACAACGACGUGUCAGAGGGCAAGCAUGAGCCCAGCCACGGCAGGAGCACGAGCCGGGAGAAGAGGAAUGGCAAGGUGGCCAAGCCGGCACUGCUGCACCAGAACAGCACGGAGGUUUCCUCCACCAACCAGGUGGAGGUCCCCGACACCACCCAGAGCUCCCCCGUGUCCAUCAGCAGCGGGCUCAACAGUGACCCAGACAUGGUAGACAGCCCAGUUGUCACAGGUGUGUCCAGCAUGGCAGUGGCCUCUGUGAUGGGGGGACUGUCCCAAAGUGCCACAGUGUUCAUGUCCGAGGUCACUAACGAGGCCGUGUACACCAUGUCCCCCACCGCUGGCCCCAACCACCACCUCCUAUCGCCCGAUGCCUCUCAGGGCCUUGUACUGGCUGUAAGUUCUGACGGCCACAAGUUUGCCUUCCCCACCACGGGCAGCUCAGACAGCCUGUCCAUGCUGCCUGCCAAUGUGUCCGAAGAGCUGGUCCUCUCCACCACCCUCGACGGUGGCCGGAAGAUUCCAGAGACCGCCAUGAACUUCGACCCCGACUGUUUCCUCAAUAAUCCAAAGCAGGGCCAGACAUACGGGGGUGGGGGCCUGAAAGCUGAGAUGGUUAGCACCAAUAUCCGGCACUCGCCGCCUGCAGAGAGGAGCUUUGGCUUCACCGGCGUCCUCGCCAAGGAGAUCAAGACCGAAGACACCUCCUUUGAGCAGCAGAUGGCCAAAGAGGCGGCCUACUCCUCCUCGGCGGCGGCUGCCGCGUCCAGCUCCCUCACGCUGACCGCGGCGGGAUCUAGCCUCCUGCCGUCGGGCGGUGGCCUGAGCCCCAGCACCACCCUCGAGCAGAUGGACUUUAGUGCCAUAGACUCUAACAAGGACUACGCGUCCAGCUUCAGCCAGACGGGCCACAGCCCCCAUAUCCACCAAACCCCCUCCCCCAGCUUCUUCCUGCAGGAUGCCAGCAAGCCCCUACCCCUUGAGCAGAAUACCCACAGCAGCCUAAGCGAGUCAGGGGCCGCCUUUGUGAUGCCCACGGUGAAAACGGAGGCCUCAUCCCAGACCAGCUCUUGCAGCGGCCACGUGGAAACCCGGAUAGAGCCUACUUCCUCCCUGCACCUCAUGCAGUUCCAGGCCAACUUCCAGGCCAUGGCGGCAGAAGGGGAGGUUACCAUGGAGACCUCACAGGCAGCUGAAGGGAAUGAGGUCCUCCUCAAGUCUGGGGAGCUGCAGGCCUGUGGCUCUGAGCACUACCUGCCGCCAGAGACCAACGGGGUGAUCCGCAGCGCAGGUGGCGUCCCCCUUCUCCCGAGCAAUGUGGUGCAGGGACUCUACCCGGUGGCCCAGCCCAGCCUGGGCAACAGCUCUAACAUGGAGCUCAGCCUGGACCACUUUGACAUUUCCUUCAGCAAUCAGUUCUCAGACCUGAUCAAUGACUUCAUCUCUGUGGAGGGGGGCAGUGGUACGAUCUACGGGCACCAGCUGGUGUCGGGGGACAGCUCUGCACUCUCACAGUCGGAAGAUGGGGCGCGGGCACCCUUCACCCAGGCGGAGAUGUGUAUUCCCUGCUGCAGCCCCCAGCAGGGCAGCCUGCAGCUGAGCAGCGCUGAGGGCGGGCCCAGCACCAUGGCCUACAUGCAUGUUGCAGAGGUGGUCUCGGCUGCCUCGGCCCAGGGAGCCCUGGGCAUGCUGCAGCAGAGCGGACGGGUGUUCAUGGUGACUGACUAUUCCCCAGAGUGGUCUUACCCAGAGGGAGGAGUCAAGGUUCUCAUCACAGGCCCAUGGCAAGAAGCCAGCAAUAAUUACAGUUGCCUGUUUGACCAGAUCUCCGUGCCUGCAUCCCUGAUUCAGCCUGGGGUGCUGCGUUGCUACUGCCCAGCCCAUGACACGGGUCUUGUGACCCUGCAAGUUGCCUUCAACAAUCAGAUCAUCUCCAACUCGGUGGUGUUUGAGUACAAGGCUCGGGCGCUGCCCACACUCCCUUCCUCCCAGCACGACUGGCUGUCACUGGACGAUAACCAGUUCAGGAUGUCCAUCCUGGAGCGUCUGGAGCAGAUGGAAAGAAGAAUGGCCGAGAUGACCGGCUCCCAGCAGCACAAGCAGGCGAGCAGCGGAGGAGGCAGUGGGAGCAGCAGCGGGAAUGGUGCCGGAGGGGGUCAGGCCCAGUGUGCCUCGGGCACUGGGACCCUGGGGAGCUGCUUCGAGAGCCGUGUGGUUGUCGUGUGUGAGAAGAUGAUGAGCCGAGCCUGCUGGGCCAAGUCCAAGCACCUGAUCCACUCGAAGACCUUCCGAGGGAUGACCCUCUUACACCUGGCUGCUGCCCAGGGCUACGCCACCCUGAUCCAGACCCUCAUCAAAUGGCGCACAAAGCAUGCAGACAGCAUUGAUUUGGAACUGGAAGUUGAUCCCCUGAAUGUGGACCACUUCUCCUGUACUCCUCUGAUGUGGGCCUGUGCCCUGGGGCACUUGGAAGCGGCUGUGGUGCUCUACAAGUGGGACCGCCGGGCCAUCUCCAUCCCCGACUCUCUGGGACGGCUGCCUUUGGGAAUUGCCAGGUCGAGGGGUCACGUGAAGUUAGCAGAGUGUCUGGAACACCUGCAGAGAGAUGAGCAGGCCCACCUGGGACAGGCCUCCCGGAUCCACUGUGCCCCGAGCGAAGAGCCAACCCCAGACAGCUGGAUGGCCCAGUGGCAGAGGGAGGCCAUGAGCUCUCCAGAAAUACCCAAAGGAGUCACUGUCAUUGCGAGCACCAAUCCAGAGCUGAGAAGACCUCGGUCUGAACCCUCUAAUUACUACAGCACUGAGGGCCACAAAGAUUAUCCGGCUCCCAAAAAGCAUAAAUUGAACCCCGAGCCCUUCCAGGCAAGGCAGGAGAAGCUGCUCUGCACUGCACUGACUCUGGAGCAGCCGAGUAUCAGGAAGCAGAGCCCUAGGUCUAAGCAGUCUUCCCCCGAGACAAUCAGCCCCAGUGAAGGAGUGAGGGAGAACAGCCGGGGAGCCUCCCCUUCCACUCCAGAGACUGCAGCAGCCCACGCGUCUGCAUCUCAGCCUGUAGUAAAGUGGAGUUCCAAAGAUCUUUACAUUGGUGUGUCUACAGUACAGGUGACUGGAAAUCCGAAGGGGACCAGUGUAGUAAAGGACGCGGCGCCUUCACAGGUGCGUCCGAGGGAACCAAUGAGCGUCCUGAUGUUGGCUAACAGAGAGGUGGUGAAUACAGAGAUGGGGGCCUACCGGGAUAGGACAGAGCACGAGGAUUGCCCCCAGCCCAUGGAUGAUAUUCAGGUGAACAUGAUGACCUUGGCGGAGCACAUUAUCGAGGCCACACCAGACCGAAUCAAGCAGGAGAACUUUGUGCCCAUGGAAUCCUCAGCCUUGGAAAGAACAGAUCCGGCCACCAUUAGCAGUACGAUGAGCUGGCUGGCCAGUUACCUAGCCGAUGCCGACCGUCUGCCCAGCGCUGCCCACAUCAGGAGUGCGUACCCUGAGCCCCUCACUCCGUCUUCUAAUGCCAGCUUGAGUCCUGCAGGCUCUCCAGUCAGUGAGGUGGCUUUCGAGAGACCCAGCCUUCCCUCUGCAGCAGACUGGUCGGAGUUUCUGAGUGCGUCCACCAGUGAGAAGGUGGAGAAUGAGCUCGCUCAGCUCACACUGUCCGACCACGAGCAGAGAGAACUCUAUGAAGCUGCCAGGCUUGUCCAGACAGCCUUCCGGAAGUACAAGGGCAGACCCCUGCGGGAACAGCAAGAAGUGGCUGCUGCCGUCAUCCAGCGCUGUUACAGGAAGUACAAACAGCUGACAUGGAUAGCCUUGAAGUAUGCACUUUACAAAAAGAUGACCCAGGCGGCCAUCCUUAUCCAGAGCAAAUUCCGAAGUUACUAUGAGCAGAAGCGGUUCCAGCAGAGCAGGCGUGCUGCAGUGCUGAUCCAGAACUUCUACCGGAGUUACAAGAAGUGUGGCCGGAGACGGCCAGCCCGCAGGACUGCUGUCAUUGUGCAGCAGAAGCUCAGGAGCAGUUUGCUGACCAAAAAGCAGGACCAAGCUGCUCGAAAGAUAAUGAGGUUUCUGCGUCGCUGUCGCCACAGAGUGAAAGAAUUGAAAAAGGCCAAGGAACUUGAAGACAUACAGCAGCAUCCCUUAGCAAUGUGACAUUGCUUCUCAGACUCUUUCCAUUUCUGUUUUUAGCAGAGACAUGCAACAACAUACACGCUCGUGCACACACACACACACACACACAAACACACACACACACAAUCCCUCUGCAGUUCUGGGGAGUCAGCUGCAGGAUUUUAACGAGAAUGUUUGGUCAUUACAUUUGCACUCUCAUGGACAACUUUUAAUUUGAU